AUGGCUGCGUCUAACGAAGAGCUGCGCUUAGUACACACGAAGGAGCAUGUAGAUCUGAUGAGGUCCACUCAGCAUAUGGAUGAAGACCAGCUGAAGACGCUGGCUGACUCCUACGACUCGGUCUACAUCCACCCUGAGUCAUACACGUGUGCCAGUCUGGCUGUGGGCUCUGUUCUGCAGCUGGUUGAUAAGGUCAUGACCUCAGAGCUCCGGAAUGGAUUCUCUGUUGCUAGACCUCCAGGACACCACGCCCAGGUAGACCAGAUGAAUGGUUACUGUAUGUUUAAUAAUCUGGCCAUCGCAGCUCGCUACGCACAGACACACCAUCGGGUGGAACGAGUUCUGAUAGUGGACUGGGAUGUACAUCACGGCCAGGGGAUCCAGUACAUUUUCCAGGAGGAUCCCAGCGUUCUGUACUUCUCAGUCCACAGAUAUGAGGAGGGUUUAUUCUGGCCCCAUCUGCCCGAGUCAGACAGCAGUGCUGUGGGCACCGGUUCUGGAGAGGGAUACAACAUCAACCUGCCCUGGAAUAAGAUUGGAAUGAAAGACGCAGACUACGUUGCAGCAUUCCAGCAGCUCCUUUUGCCUGUAGCCUACGAGUUCCAGCCUCAGCUUGUCCUGGUGGCAGCAGGCUUUGACUCUGUGAUAGGUGAUCCCAAGGGGGAGAUGUCUGUCAGUCCUCAGUGUUUCUCUGUUCUGACUCACAUGCUGCUGGGCCUGGCUCGGGGGAGGUUGCUGCUGGCUCUAGAGGGAGGAUAUAACCUGCAGUCCACAGCAGAAGGGGUGUGUGCCUGUCUGAGGUCACUAUUGGGGGAGUCCUGCCCACGCCUGGGGCCACCAUCCAUCCCGAGUGACAGUGCCCUGAAAUCCAUCUCCAGGUCUAUCUCUGCUCUGUACCCUUACUGGACCAGUCUGCAGGUACUGGAGGGAGGGCCUCUAUCAGACAGCGACCCCCUGAACCCAGCCCUGACCCCAGCAGAGAGCAGUGAAGAGCUCUGUGAGGAGAGAAGAGACAGCUUGGACCUGACCACGGGCCUGGUGUACGACCAGAGGAUGAUGGAACACCACAACAUGUGGGACAGCCACCACCCAGAGCUUCCCCAGAGGAUCCAACGUAUCUUCUCCCGUCAUGAGGACCUGGGCUUGGUGUCCCGUUGCCUGAGGAUACCGGCUCGACUUGCCUCAGAGGAGGAGCUGGCUCUGUGCCACAGCUUGGAGCACAUAGCCAAGAUGAAGGAAACAGAGGGGAUGAAGACGAGAGACCUACACAGACUGGGAGAGGAGUACAACUCCAUCUUCAUCAGUACUGAGAGCUACCGGAGCGCCCGGCUGGCUGCUGGCGCCUGCUUUAAUGCAGUACAGGCUGUUCUGACGAGACAGGUCCGUAAUGGCGUGGCCAUCGUGCGCCCCCCUGGUCACCAUGCCGAGAAGGACGCUGCCUGUGGGUUCUGUUUCUUCAACACUGCCGCCCUGACUGCCCGAUACGCCCAGUCCAUCUCCCAGCAGCCCCUGCGGGUCCUCAUCCUGGACUGGGAUGUUCACCAUGGCAACGGAACACAGCACAUCUUCGAAGAGGAUGACAGUGUCCUCUACCUCUCCCUGCAUCGCUACGAGGAUGGGACCUUCUUCCCUACUUCAGAGGAUGCACACUACAACAGAGUGGGCGACGGGAAGGGAGCAGGGUUCAACGUCAACAUCCCCUGGAACGGAGCCAAGAUGGGCGACGCAGAGUACCUGGCUGCCUUCCACUCGGUGGUCAUGCCCAUCGCUAGAGAGGUAGCCUUCCACUCGGUGGUCAUGCCCAUCGCUAGAGAGGUAGCCUUCCACUCGGUGGUCAUGCCCAUCGCUAGAGAGGUAGCCUUCCACUCGGUGGUCAUGCCCAUCGCUAGAGAGGUAGCCUUCCACUCGGUGGUCAUGCCCGUCGCUAGAGAGGUAGCCUUCCACUCGGUGGUCAUGCCCGUCGCUAGAGAGGUAGCCUUCCACUCGGUGGUCAUGCCCAUCGCUAGAGAGGUAGCCUUCCACUCGGUGGUCAUGCCCAUCGCUAGAGAGGUAGCCUUCCACUCGGUGGUCAUGCCCAUCGCUAGAGAGGUAGCCUUCCACUCGGUGGUCAUGCCCAUCGCUAGAGAGGUAGCCUUCCACUCGGUGGUCAUGCCCAUCGCUAGAGAGGUAGCCUUCCACUCGGUGGUCAUGCCCAUCGCUAGAGAGGUAGCCUUCCACUCGGUGGUCAUGCCCAUCGCUAGAGAGGUAGCCUUCCACUCGGUGGUCAUGCCCAUCGCUAGAGAGGUAGCCUUCCACUCGGUGGUCAUGCCCAUCGCUAGAGAGGUAGCCUUCCACUCGGUGGUCAUGCCCAUCGCUAGAGAGGUAGCCUUCCACUCGGUGGUCAUGCCCAUCGCUAGAGAGGUAGCCUUCCACUCGGUGGUCAUGCCCAUCGCUAGAGAGGUAGCCUUCCACUCGGUGGUCAUGCCCAUCGCUAGAGAGUUUGACCCGGGCCUGGUGCUGGUAUCGGCAGGGUUUGAUGCAGCCAGAGGGGACCCUCUAGGAGGGUACCAGGUCACCCCGCCGGGCUAUGCCCAUCUCACCCACCUCCUGAUGGGACUGGCAGGCGGCAGAGUCCUGGUCAUCCUGGAGGGUGGCUAUAACCUGACCGCCAUCUCUGAGUCUAUGUCUGCCUGCACCAGUGUUCUCCUGGGAGACCCCGCUCUGCCCCUGCCUCCCUUGCCCCCGCCUCACCCCAACGCAGCAGACAGCAUCAACAAGGUCAUACGCACCCACUGCGCCUAUUGGCUGUCCCUCAGGAUACAACUUCCAGAGUCUCUCCGCCUGUCUCUGCCAAACCCCAAACCCAGAGGGAAGAGGACUUCUAAGGGCAAGAAGUCUCCCAGACAGGGUAACCAGUGCGGGACCAGCCCUGGUCAGGGGUCAUCUCAGACCACACCUCACACCACAUCUCAGACCACACCUCUGCCCUCUGGUGGUCGGGGCGACCUUGACCUAGAUGACCUCACAAAGGGACUGGUGUCACUCGACCUAAACCAAAGUACCUCAGCCAAUCCCAGCCCAGCGUCUGUCCCUGUGGGUGGAGCCAGGUCGAAGGUGAGGCUCAGUCCUAUGAAGACGGAAGCUGUUCCAAAUACGCCCGAGAUUCUCCAACCGACGCCUGACAAGACGGAGACGCAGGCGGUCGCCAUGGCUACCUCAGACCCGGUUACCAAGGGAGACCAGGAGAGCGGUGCGGUGGAGGUGGAAGGGGCGUCUGGUUACUCCAAGGAGCCGGUGUUUGAACUGUUCUGUGGAAACCAGGACGGGAGCACUAUGUACGUGGUGGAUCCCCUGUCCUGGUGCCCCCACCUAGACUCAGUGACUCCUGUUCCUGCUGGCGGGAUAGAUGUGUUUCGGCCCUGUGAGGACUGUGGGAGCGACGCUGAGAACUGGAUCUGUCUCUGCUGUUACAAGGUGUACUGUGGUCGCUAUGUCAACCAGCACAUGUUAACCCACGGCUUGGUGUCAGAACAUCGUCUGGUGCUGAGCUUCGCUGACCUGUCGGUCUGGUGUUACUCCUGUCAGGCCUACGUCCACAACCAGAUGGUGUUUGAAGCCAAGAACGCUGCCCACUGUAUGAAGUUUGGAGAGGACAUGCCCCUCUCUAACUGAAGCCAUACAGGGACGACGACACGGAGAAAGAGAGAGAGAGAGAGAGGACAUGCCUCACUCUAACUGAAGCCAUACAGGGACGACGACACGGAGAAAGAGAGAGAGAGAGAGACAGAGAAAGAGAGAGAGAGAGAGAGGACAUAUGUUGUUGUGAAAGCAAAAUCUAAAAGACCACUGUUCUGGUCUCGGUGCUAUUGUUAGUGCCUCUGCUUGCUUUGCAGACAUGACUGUGCCUUUAAAUCUCUCUUUAUAUUCUCACUCUGUGUGUCUCUCUGCCUUUGUCUUUCUCUCUCUCUUUCUUUCUCUCUCUCUUUCUUUCUCUUUCUUUCUCUCUCUUUCUUUCUUUCCCUCCCCAGCCGAAUGUCAAUGAGUUCAUUGUAUUUGCCAAAACCUCUCGUAUCCAAAAUAUAUGUCUAUGAAGCUACUCUGUCCUCAUUGUCCUUCAUUUAGCUGUCCUCACUGUCCUUCAUUUAGCUGUCCUCACUGUCCUUUAUUUAGCUGUCCUCAUUGUCCUUUAUUUAGCUGUCCUC